GUUGUGCUGGACCUUGGUGCAGGUGUGUCCCUUCCUCCACCGAAAUAACAAUCUGUUCAUGCGAAAGACAGGACACGGCCACACCGUCAACUACCUGGACCAUUCGCGUGUUACGAAAUACGUAGCUGUGGAGCCUAACGUGCAUAUGCAUGCAGAGCUGCGCCGUACUGCCUCUGCUGCUGGGUACAAUACGCUCAUAUCUGUCCUCACUAUCUGCUCCAUCCCCUCGCCGCAAUCCACCAUCUCUGGAUUGGUCACGGAGGUGCUGAAACCUGGGGGGCAGAUGUUGUUCUAUGAACACGUGCUUAGCGAGAGGAAAGAUGUUGUGUGGUGGCAGCGUUUUUGGACGCCGUUGUGGAGUUUUUUUUUUGAUGGAUGUUGUCUGGAUCGCCCGUCUCAUCGGUGGAUUGAGGGUGUGGGGGGAUGGGUGCAAGGAGAAGGAGGUAUUUGGGGGAAGGAAGGGGAAACUGAAGAACAUCUGUCUUGGCACCGAGCGGGGAGAUUGGUCAAGGCCUGAGUAGAUGCAUGUCA